GUUUCCCAGCCCUACCACAUACUGUUUAUUAUUAUCUAACCAUAACAUAAAUCACGCAAACAUGUCCUGGAUUAGUAAUUUUAUGACUCGCCUGCCGGUCAUGAAUUUAAAGCCAUUGGCAAUGGUUUCCUCCACAGUGCGAAACCUUUCUUUCGUGGAUCGACGAGCACGCGGUCCCACAGUUCGACGUUAUGGCUACAAGGACAAGAUAUUCCAGAGUGGCUUACUACCACAUUUGGAUAAUGGACAAAAGUUGCCGAUGCCCGUGUACAGGCCUAAGAAUGCAUGGUCACAGAAGCGAGCUCUCUUUGGACAAAACGACUAUAUAGAUAUUUUGGGUAACGAUCGUUUGCAUCCAACACGUGUGCUCUACUCGGUACCAUCUUGGCUACGUGGUGUUUCUGGAAAUGAGUACCAGGUUCUGAUUCGCAAGCGUCGCAUGCUGGAGAGCACGAAGUAUCCCAUUGCCCGUCCUACUAAGUGGAAAGACAUGCAAAAACGUAUUCUAUACUUGUAUAAGUUCCUCAACCGAAAAACAAAGACAGGAUACUCUACGCAGUAAUCCUUGAUUCUGUUAAAUACACUUUUUUUCUACUUUACAUAAUUUG